AACUUUUCUUUUCCAACCAGACUACACAAUUUAAUGUUUAUUUUGAAACGCUCGGACAUUUCCCCCUUAUCUUGCAGUGUGGCAUCAUCUUGGCUGGACGCUGCUGUCUUGUCUAUUAAUAAACACAGAAAUCAAACUUGGCCACAGCAGGGCCAACCUGACAGGCCAUGUAGAGAGGGUGGGCAUUGAAAACUUUGAGCUAUUAAAGGUGCUGGGCACUGGAGCGUACGGCAAGGUGUUCCUGGUGAGGAAAGUGAGCGGUCAUGAUGCGGGGAAGCUGUACGCCAUGAAGGUUUUGAAGAAAGCCACAAUUGUACAAAAGGCAAAAACUGCUGAACACACACGGACGGAGCGGCAAGUGCUGGAGCACAUCCGUCAAUCUCCAUUCCUCGUCACACUUCACUACGCCUUCCAGACGGAUACCAAGCUGCACCUCAUUCUCGAUUAUGUAAAUGGCGGGGAGCUCUUCACACAUUUGGUGCAAAGGGUGCGAUUUAAGGAGCAAGAAGUCGCCCUGUACAGUGGGGAGAUUGUGUUGGCGCUAGAGCAUCUACACAAGCUUGGGAUCGUCUAUCGGGACCUGAAACUAGAGAAUAUUCUGCUGGAUUCAAGCGGUCAUAUAGUUCUCACGGACUUUGGCCUCAGUAAAGAGUUUGAUCAGAUGGAAAGGGCAUUUUCAGUCUGUGGCACCAUCGAAUACAUGGCUCCAGAAAUCGUGGAAGGCGGAGAGUCCGGACAUGACAAGGCCGUGGACUGGUGGAGCCUCGGCGUGUUGAUGUACGAGCUCCUGACUGGCGGAUCACCCUUCACCGUCGACGGGGACGAGAACUCGCAUACGGACAUUGCCAAGAGGAUUUUAAAAAAGGACCCUCCUUUCCCCAAAGAUAUGGGACCACUGGCCAAAGAUGUCAUCCAGCGACUCCUCGUCAAAGAUCCAAAGAAGAGACUGGGCUCAGGUCCUAAUGGAGCAGAGAAUGUAAAAAAACACCCGUUUUACCAGAAAAUUAACUGGGAGGACCUGGCAGCUAAGAAGGUGCCCGCCCCGUUCAAGCCGGUGAUCCGGGACGAGCUGGACGUCAGCAACUUUGCCGACGAGUUCACAGAGAUGGACCCCACCUACUCCCCCGCAGCACUGCCUCAGAACUGCGACCGCAUCUUCCAGGGCUACUCUUUCAUGGCCCCCUCCAUCCUGUUCAAGAGGAAUGUGGUGAUGGAUGACCCUGUCCAGCUGUGUGGGGGCUCUGAGAGGCCAGGCUCUGCUGCGGUGGCCCGCAGCGCCAUGAUGAAGGACUCACCCUUCUAUAUGAGUUAUGAGAUGGACCUGAGGGACAGCGUUCUGGGAGAGGGCAGCUUCUCCAUCUGCAGACGGUGCACGCACAAGAAGACGGGACAGAAAUAUGCAGUGAAGAUUGUCAGCAAGAGGAUGGAGGCGCAGACUCAGCGGGAAAUCGCAGCCCUGAAGCUCUGCGACGGCCACCCCAACAUUGUCAAGUUGCACGAAAUUUACCACGACCAGCUCCACACAUACCUGGUCCUGGAGCUGCUUGGCGGAGGGGAGCUGCUGGAGAGGAUCCGCAGAAAGCAACAUUUCAGCGAGACAGAAGCCAGCCGCAUCAUGAGAAAACUCGUGUCGGCCGUCAGUCACAUGCACGACGUGGGAGUGGUGCACAGGGACCUUAAACCAGAGAACCUGCUCUUCACAGACGAGAGUGAGAACUCCGAGAUAAAAAUCAUAGACUUUGGCUUUGCUCGCCUCAAACCGCCAGACAAUCAACUCCUGAAGACUCCCUGCUUCACGCUGCAGUACGCGGCGCCGGAGAUACUCAAAUACGACGGCUACGACGAGUCCUGCGACCUGUGGAGCCUGGGGGUCAUUCUGUACACCAUGCUGUCUGGCCAGGUGCCUUUUCAGUGUCAGGAGAAGAGCCUGACACACACCAGUGCUGAGGAAAUCAUGAAGAAAAUCAAACACGGGGACUUCUCGUUCGAGGGCGAGGCCUGGAGAAAUGUGUCCCAGCAGGCCAAGGACCUCAUCCAAGAGCUGCUGACGGUGGACCCGAACAAGAGGAUUAAGAUGUGCGGCCUGCGUUACAACGCCUGGCUGCAGGACGACAGCCAGCUGUCCUCCAAUCCACUCAUGACCCCGGACAUCCUCGGCUCCUCCACCGCCUCCGUCCACACUUACGUCAAAGCAACCUUUAAUGCAUUUAACAAAUGUAAGCGGGAAGGUUUCCGCCUGCAGACGGUGGAUAAAGCGCCGCUCGCCAAGAGGAGGAAGAUGAAAAAGACAAGUACCAGCACAGAGACCCGCAGCAGUUCCAGCGAGAGCACCCACUCCUCGUCGUCCUCCUCCCAGUCUCAGGAGAAGACUUUCCCAGGGGGCGACGCCAACCUUCAGCCCUCCAACAGCACGCCCGUCAACACGCCCGUGGCGCUGGGAACAGACUCUGAGCACCAAGCAGCGCACCCGGCCUUCGACUUCUCAGAAGGACAGUGAGACGGCAAGAGGGGAAAAAAGGCUUGAUUUCAGAUAUUUUCGUGAUCCGCAGGAUCUCUUGGACCAGUAAGAGACAGCUCUCUUCUCUUUCUCUCUUGUCCCUGACAGCUCUCUGCCUCUGGCUCAAUUGCAUGGACGUCCGCACGUCUCCCAAAACUACAGCAUGCAGCAGGAGCGGCAACCGUCACCUCAGUAUCAAUCAAUCAAUCAUCACUAGCAAUAGCCUAUAUCCCCUUUUCUUUCUCUCUCACUUCCACACACAGACUGUAUCAAUCAGGGACUGGACCAGGAAAGAAGUCACCGGCGUCUCAAAUAAAAAAAAAAGGGCUGCCCUACUGCCCCCCCUGGUGCGGACAGACAAUGCAGAGACAUCUUUAGUCUCGUCAGAAAAAAAUCACAGCUCAGUCCGUCCGCUCCAUUCACCUUUGUCUUUGUCCACGCCUCCAGAGGUUUUAAAGGGAAAGUCGUAGUGUUUACACCGCGGAUGCUUUGUACUUUUUUUUUGUCACGAGGAGAGUUAAGAAACGCAACGUGCAGCGCUGCAGCGUAACGUAACGUAACGUGGGUCCACUUCUCUUUUCCUGGGAAGUCUCUGCAAGAUGGAGCAGGGUAUUUAUAUGUGAAUUUUACAGACUGAAAUUUAUUUAUGAUAAGCUAUAUUGUUAACUUAUUUAUGGUUCAGAUCGAUCUGAAAAGAAAUAACGGAUACAGUUAAGUGUACAGUAAAAAAAAAGACAUUUUGUGUAUGUGUGUAUUUUUCCAUGUAGUCUGAUGUUUGUUCAUACGUCUUUGUAAUCAUCACAGACGUCAGUGCUUCAAGUAGGUUACUGAGACACAGUUAUGUAGAUAGUGUAAGAUUAUUAUAGGCGAGAAGAGAUUAACACCAUCAGCUACUUGGUUAAUGGUUGUGAAACAGUUAAAUUUAUGUAACCAAAGUCCUUUUGGACUUAGAGAUUUAUUUAUGGAGUGAGGCUGAUGAUAUUUUUGGGGAUUGAACUACAGCUGUGUCCAAUGGUUUAAAAAAAAAGAAAAGAAAUCCUUGUUCGUAAGGAUUUAAAAAAGCGUAAAGAUGUUUUUUUGUAGGAACAACCAAAUGUGGAUGUAGUAUGUUCAGCCAAAUCUGUGGUUUUUAUCGUCGUAUGGGGAGUACUGUUGCCUGAGGGGAUGUGACCCCAACAAGAAGAGCUAUAUUUAGACUUAUUUUUGCCUCCGAUGUGGGAGUGUGACUACUUUCAAGGCUCGGGGAUUGCUGCUGUUCCACAUUCUCUGAUCCUCGAGUCGGUAUAUUUAGCCCAGCGGCGGAUUUGCCUUCGUUGCGGUAUAGGGACUUUAAUUUGUCUCAUUAUCACUUACAAACCAAUUGGAUUGGAGCAAGAACCCUGUGAAUGGGGGGAAAAUUCAGAUCAGCUUAGUUUGAGGUGAACGCGUUAAGAAGUUUGAGAUCCUUUGAGCCUUCGGUGGCUUAACGACAAUGUUAAAAUUUGAAAAGUUCAUGUGCCAAAAAACAUGCAAACGAAUCAGGUGACGGGCAAAGUUUAGCCUGCGAGUUAAAGGUGGUGAUCGAUUAACGCUGUUUUAAUGCAGUAUAUAUAAAAAAGGUGUAGUCUUGCGAUAUAUAUCUACCCUUUAUUUAAAAGUUUGACCUCCAACAAACACUCCGUUUACCUUUGACACCGCCCCGUGCUCUAUUUACCACGUCGUACCGCAUGACUUCAAACGGUGAUCUUUGCACUGUGUGACAGCCAGCUCUCACUCAGAUAUCUGGUUUAGUAUUAAGCCCCCGCGGUGCGUGAUGUGAACUGAAACAUCAAAACCUCUUACUUGAUUUAACGCGAGUUUGUUUACUUGCACAUUUGACUUAUCCCCUGACUAAAAAAUCAGGGGGGAAAACUUUGAAGUUUUUGCUGUUUGUUCGAGAUGUGAUGGAUGUAAACACCAAAACCCCUUUUUUUGUUUUUGUUUUUUAUUUUAUUUUUUACAGUAGCCUGAAUAUUGUAAUGUUGUGAUGUUACAACGCUGGUGUUUAGCCAGAGUAGUCAGGCAAAGAAAAUGCCAUACUCUGUUUUUGUUUGUGUGUUAGUCUGUUUCCACGGUAACAGCUGAAAUACUUUACUCUGUUCAUAUGUACAGGGGCUGUUUUGUGUUCGGUAUGCGGAAGCCGCCUCGAGGCGGUUUCUCCUGCUCAAUCAGGAUACAUAUUCUUAGUUGUUAAGACUACUGUGUGCAUUUAAAAUACACUCCCUCAUCUUCUUCCAUUUUAAUGCACUCUGAAUCUGAACCAAAGCAUUAACUUCAAGGUAGCUGCUCUAAGCUGCAUGAGAUCUUUCCUUUUCAUGCAAAUAUGCAAAGAAGAAAAAAAAAAGCUUCAUAAUAUCACGGUUUGUUUUGUCCAACCCGGGUUGAAAUAUGUUUUUGUAACAGUGUACAGUGAGGUUCUUUAUAGGAUCUGUAAUAUCCACAUCCCGGCACAUUAUCAUGCUUUUGAACUAUGCAUAUCUUUUCACUGUUGUGUUGCUUUUGCCAUCUCAAAAAAAAGAAAAAGAAAAGACCUCACCAGAUGGGUCCAAACAUAAUGCUUAAAAGGGCGUAAUGCGAUGCACAUGUAAUGUACUUUUACUCUUACGGCAUCGGGCCACAAUAGGAGAAGCAUUGGCGUGUGAAGAAGCCGGAAUCCUCUGAGCUGAAACACUACAAAGCUCUCCUCUAACUUAGUUUGCAUGAGUUCCCCGUCGCUGCCUCAUUAAGCCUCUUUUCUUUUGUUUGGGUGUAUUAAUAGCUCAAGUGGAGGAAGAGGAGAAGUCCUAUAUUGAGCCUCCCCACCCUCUGGGAGCCAAGUUCUAUUAGCUGAUGUACUGCAGUGCUGUUUGUUCCAAAGAAAAUACUCCCGUACUCCGCUCGCUGCGUCCGUGGGACCCAGCUCACUUUCUUUUGUAGGAGGGGGGGGGAAAUAACGGCGCAUCACAGGAAAGGAUUGCUUUAGUAGCAACGUCUCGUGGGGUUGAUUUUCAAACUAGGUUUCCCCUCUUCCUUUGAUGAACAGCUUGUUUAGUGAGGAGGAGAGGAGGGGAGGAAAGUCCAGUUUUAAUUUGUCAGUUUUUUUUUUGUAGAUUCUUUGAAUUUGGACGAAAGUUCCUUUUCUGCCUACAGUGCUUCCUCUUUUCUGCUUCUCCCUUUCACCUGAUAAGCUAAACCUUUGUACCUUUCUGCAACAUGAAUUAGAGGGCUGGUAGUUUGAACUGUUUUUUUUUUUUUGUAUAAACCAGUGUCUGUUGUUGUGCAUUUUAAAAAUCAAAGGAUUUGGACUUUGGGAUGCUCUCGCGUGCUUCUGAACUUCUGCCCGGUGGAGUCGUGUAAUGUGUUUAAAGAGGCGCCGAAGCUGAAAGUUUAAAAAGAGAAAAAAAAAAUCCAACAUUUUGCCCUGAAAGCUUCUCAGUUUAGUUGCUUUUGCGCUUCUAUAUAUAUUGUCUGUGGACGUGAUGAUGUUUUGGACAGACGCUGUUUUGGCUCGUUCGCUUGGCUUUUAUAGUUACGGGAUUUUCUGGAACUGUCCUCGGUGCUGAAGUGGCCAAACCUCUGACGAUGCUGCCAGAAAAAAA